AUGGCGGACGUGGUGAAUGUUGGGGUGAACCUGGACGCUUUCUCUCACGCUAUCAGCGGCAUCCAGGCGCUCCGUUCCAGCGUGAGCCGCGUGUUCGAGUCCCUGAAAGAUGGCAUGAAGAACCGCGAGACCUUGGAGGGCCGCGAGAAGCAGUUUAUAGCCGAGUUCCAGGACAACCUGCAGGCAGUCAACAGAGACCUGAAUGAGUUGGAGCGUCUGAGCGGUCUGGUGGGUCGUCCCUCUGAGUCUCAUCCUCUCCAUAACAGCGGGCUGCUGAGUCUGGAUCCCGUUCAGGACAAAACCCCGUUAUACUCUCAGCUGCUGCAGGCCUACAAGUGGUCCAACAAGUUGCAGUACCACGCCGGUUUGGCCUCCAGUUUGUUGAAUCAACAGUCACUCAAACGAUCGGCCAACCAGAUGGGAGCUUCAGCCAAGAGACGACCCAAAGUCCAGCCCAGUACUCUGGUGCUUCCUCCUCAGUACGUGGAUGACGUCAUCUCUCGGAUCGGCAGGAUGUUUCCUGAUAUGACCAUCGAGCUGUUUAGACCCAACGGGACGUCGGCUGUGCUGCUGGUGACCUUGGGGAAAGUGUUGAAGGCCAUCGUCGUGAUGCGUUCGCUGUUCAUCGACAGAACUAUCGUUCGAGGUUUCAACGAGAACGUUUACAGCGAGGACGGAAAGCUGGACAUAUGGACCAAGUCUCAGUAUCAGGUGUUCCAGAAGGUAACGGACCAUGCCACUACUGCCCUGCUACAUUACCAGCUGCCCCAGAUGCCCGACGUCGUCGUCCGCUCCUUCAUGACCUGGCUGCGGAGCUACAUUAAACUCUUCCAGUCUCCAUGUCAGCGCUGUGGUCGUUUCCUGCAGGACGGGCUUCCUCCAACGUGGAGGGACUUUAGGACCCUGGAGGCCUUUCACGACACCUGUCGCAUGUAAACACACACUUCCUGUUUAUCCUGUAAACACACACUUCCUGUCCUCUGUCUAGUUUUUCUGUUUGUAUUUUGUAAAAAGAAGUUUGA